GGAAAGGGUGAUCGAUUGUGAUCAAGGCGAAGAACAGAAAAAGAUGGCUUCAGAGAUGAAGGUUGAAGUCAUUUACAAGGAAACAAUUAAACCAUCCUCUUCAACUCCUCCACACCUCAAAACCGCCCAGCUUUCUGUUUUUGAUCAACUAGCUCCAGAUGUUUUUAUCCCAAUACUACUCUUCUAUCCCAACAACAUUAGUAGUGGUGACGUUGAUAGUAUUGAUCACCCUUCUUUGGUUGUUGAAAGAUCAAAGCUUCUAAAAACAUCCUUAUCCGAAGCUCUCACUCAUUUCUACCCCUUUGCUGGGGAGUUCCAAUAUAAUUUUUCCAUUUCUUGCAAUGACCAUGGGUCUGCAUUUAUUGAAGCCCAAGUUAACUGUCCCAUAUUGAAGAUUUUGGAAAGACCAGAUGCUGAGAUCCUUAGACAAUUGCUACCAACCGGAAUAGGUUCCACACAAGCAGAGACAGGCUAUCUUCUGCUAAUCCAGGCCAACUUCUUUGAAUGUGGUGGAUUGGCGAUUGGGGUUAGCAGUUCACAUAUCAUCACUGAUGCCUAUACGCUCAGCACAUUCAUUCAAAGCUGGGCUGCAAUUGCCCUUGCAUCCAAUAGUGUUACUACUGAUCAUGUUUUACUUACUCCUAAACUUGGUGUUGCAGUUUCUCUUUUUCCACAACUAGAUUUCUUGAACUCGCCUCAACCUGCCUUGAAGUUCGAUGAAGAAAAGUGCAUAACCAAAAGAUUUGUGUUUGAGGCCUCUAAGGUUGCUGCUCUUAAGUCCAAGGCCGUAAGUACCUCUGUGCCAAACCCAACGCGGGUUGAAUCAGUGUCAUCGCUGAUUUGGAAGUGUGCCACCACAGUAUCAAGAUCAAACUUGGGUGUGGUAAGGCCGUCUGAGUGGUCUCCCGUGGCCAACAUACGGAAAAUAUUGGUGCAGCAGCCCUUGGCAGAAAACUUAAUGGGAAAUCUUGUGGGGAUGUUUUCAGUAAAAACGGAAGCAAUUGAAGUCGUCGAUAUUGAUAUUCCAAGCUUGGUUGCUAAACUGAGGAAGGGGGUUGAGGAAUUUAAAGUAAAGUAUGGGAAUGGAGUAAGUGGGGAGGAAGCAUGUGGAUUCUUCACAGAGUUUGGAAAUCUUAUGAAGAGGGAUGUAGACAACUACAAUUGCAGCAGUUGGUGCAGGUUUCCGUUCUAUGAAGCCAACUUCGGAUGGGGAAAGCCAUUGUGGGUGUGUCAGAGUACAGGAAUGAAGAAUCUAAUUGUGUUUAUGGAUACAAGAGAUGGGAAAGGCAUAGAAGCAUCCUUGACAUUCAGUGAAGAAGACAUGGCCAAAUUUGAAUGCAAUAAGGAGCUGCUUGCAUAUGCUUCUGUGAAUCCGACUGUCAUGUAAUAUGGGUGUUUCCUUACAUUAUUUGGUGUGUACUAACUUAAUACUUUUACUCGUUGACUUUUAAAAUUUUUAUCAACAUAACUCUGA